AUGGCAACGCAAGAAAACUCUACGGCGGGAGAGACCGUCGCGCUCGAGCUGACACGAGACGAGGCUCAGCUCUUGGUAAAAUCGCUCGCGAUGACUCGCAACGGACGGCGAUUCGAAUUCAGAACGGGCGACGGAAAAGAGAUCGAGGAACAAGAGUCUUUUCUGAAGGCCAUCGACGAUCUUUCCACCCGAUUGCAACUCUUCCAGAUCGGAAUUCGAACCAUGGCAUACGUCCGUUCAAAUCCGGUAGCGGGAAACCCUUCGAAAACCAAAGUCUGCUCGAAGCGUCUGGCUUGGUUGAGCGGCUGCUUGUUGCUGUGCGCGUGCUUGGAUGGCAGUGUUCCUGCCGCCGAGCCCGACGUGGCGACGGGGCCUGCAGUUUCGGAAGCCAUUCCGCCACCACUCACCGAAUACAAAGGGCGAACCAUCGCGCCCACGAUGAGUUACCGCGGCGCGCCCUGGCUCACGCGAGCGACGAGGGAGAAAGAGGAAUCGUGCAGAGAACUACUCGAGGCUCUCCAACUGAAGCCCGGGCAAGUGGCUUGCGACAUCGGGUGUGGCAACGGGUUCUACACGCUGAAGCUCGCUGAACUCGUCGGCGACGAAGGCAAAGUGCUAGCAGUCGAUAUCCAACCCGAGAUGCUCACACUGUUGCGCGAGCGUGCCAAGGCAGAGGGCGUUACGAACGUCGAGCCGAUUCUCUCGACCGUGAUCGACCCGGACCUACCAGAGGGAACCAUCGACCUGAUUCUUCUCGUGGAUGUGUAUCACGAGUUUUCGCAUCCAGAACACAUGCUGCAAGCCAUGCGAAGAAGCCUGGCACCGAACGGACGAAUCGCACUGGUCGAGUUUCGCGAAGAAGAUCCACUCGUGCCAAUCAAACCACUGCACAAGAUGAGCAAGAAACAAAUGCUCAAAGAGUUCUUACCGAAUGGUUUUCGUCUGGUAGAUAAGUACGACGACCUUCCCUGGCAACACGUAAUGUUCUUCGCAGUCGAUGACGAAGAAGACUCGGUAAGCCAGAAUCCGAUUGUUCGGAUCGCUGCUCAGACGGAAUACCGCCAGGCUUCGCUGCACUUAGGUAUUGCUGCAACAACGCCAGACGGUUUCGUCGUUCGAACAGCGCGAGUCGUGCUCAAUGCGGUUGGGAACCGCUGCGAGAUACAGACGCGACCAAGUCCUGUGAAUGUGUUUGACGUGUGCAAUGAAUCGGCGUCGGGCCAAUAUUCAUCGUGCAUCGACGAGACGUGGCUGAGGCACCACGUUGAGUCAACUAGAGGAAUCGGCUUCCUCUGCGAGUUUGAGACUUACCGCUAA